AUGGCCAAAUCCAAGACCCUGGCUAAGAAGGCCGGGAAGGCGACCGAGGCGCCUCUCACCACCAACACCACGAAUGGUACACCCUACCAGCUUGAUCCGUCGCAAGUCGAGCGCGCGGCGAAGGCGCUCGUUGCGCACAUGAAGAAGCAUGUCGAGGAAAAGCAGCAAGAGGCACCAAAGAAGAGCUUGGCGGCCGACGAGGACGAGGCGGAGGAGGUUGACGAGCCCAUCUUCCUCAGCCUGGCGACAAAAAAGCAGAUCGGCAACACUAAGAGCUUGAAGCCUGUAGCCAUCAAACUACCUCACCCUAUCAUCGCAAACGAUGUCCGGAUAUGCAUCUUCACCAAAGAUCCCCAGAGAGCAUACAAAGACCUUGUCGCAUCUGACGCUUUCCCGGAAGCCCUUCGCGGAAAGGUGCAACGUGUGCUCGGCGUGGACAAGCUAAAGAAGCGAUACAAGGCAUUCGAGCAGAAGCGUGCACUCCUCGCUGAGUACGACGUUUUCAUGGUCGACGAUCGCGUAAUCAAGAUUGUCGCAGAAUGCCUAGGCAAAACCUUUUACAAGAGCAAGUCAAAGCGCCCAAUUCCGGUUCGUCUUACUGCAGGUGCAUACAUCGACAAGAGCGCAAAGAAGGACGCGAAGGAGCCACAAAACGUCGUCGGAACACCACAAGGUGUAGCAAAGGAGAUCGAGUCGGCUCUUCACUCGACCUACCUGAGCAUGAGCCCAUCCGCCAACACCUCUAUCAAGAUCGGCAACCUUUCCAUGACUUCUCAGCAGAUCGUUGAGAACACUGUCGCUGUUGUUUCCGAAGUUGUCAACAAGCACGUUGGCCAGGGCUGGCGCAACAUUCGCAGUUUGCAUGUCAAGGGUCCUGCGACCAAGGCUCUACCUAUCUGGCUCGCUGAUGAGCUGUGGGCUGAGCCUGAGCAAGUUCGCGACGCACCAUACCACGGUGCCAUCACAGAAGGCACGCCCAAGGGCAAGUCCGCAGAGCGCAAGAGGAAGUGGGAUGAGUGGGAAGAAGAGAUGCUCGACGAGGAGGAGCUUGCCGCGAAGCAGGCCAGGAGAGAAGCUAAGAAGGCCAAGAAAACAGAGAAGAAGAGCUCAAUUAGCAAGGAGAAGCGCAAGGCCAUGAAGCAGGAUGCGCUCCAGUCGACAACCGCUGAAAUGCUUCGAUUACUUCCGCUCUCGACACUCUUACUCGUGACGCAGACAAUCGCGUCGCCACUUACACGGAGCGACUCCAAGCCACUUCCUUUGCUCAUCUGGCAUGGCUUAGGCGACAACUAUGCUGCAGACGGUCUGCACAGCGUCGGUGACCUCGCAAACGAGACAAACCCUGGCACAUAUGUAUACUACAUCCGGCUCGACGAAGACGCCGGAAGUGAUCGAACAGCGACGUUCCUCGGCAAUGUUACCGAGCAGAUUGCGCAAGUCUGUGACGACAUCGCGAAACACGAGGUUUUAAGCAGGGCGCCAGGUCUGAACGCGCUAGGUUUCUCGCAGGGUGGGCAGUUCCUCCGCGGACUGGUAGAGCGCUGCGGCGACCGUAUAAACGUCAAGAAUUUGGUCACCUUUGGCAGCCAACACAACGGUAUUGCAAAAUACCAGCUCUGCAAAGAUGGAGACUGGCUAUGCAAGGGCUAUAUCAACUUACUUAAAGCUAACACCUGGGGCGCAUGGGUACAAGGUCACCUCGUUCCAGCGCAGUACUUCAAAGCCACCAACGAGACAACCGGCGAACCUACGGAAGAGUAUCUCGAAGCCUCCAACUUCCUCGCUGACAUCAACAACGAAAGGGUGCUCAAGAACGUCACUUACGCGAAAAACCUCGCUGCAUUGGACAACUUCGUCAUGUAUGUCUUCGAGGACGACACCACUGUUAUACCGAAGGAGUCGGGUUGGUUCGCGUAUACGAACACCACCAGCAAUGAGGUCACGGAUCUGAGGGACCGCGACAUCUACAAAGAGGAUUGGAUUGGGCUCAAGAAGCUUGACACGAAGGGCGGUCUACACUUCAAGACUACAGAGGGUGGUCACAUGGAUUUGGGGGAUAAGGUGCUGAUAGAUGUCUUUAAGACCUAUUUCGCGCCGGAGAAGACGGUCUGGAGCGACAUUAUCGACGAGAUCCAAGAGAUUAUUGAGUUAUAA